AUGGCGUCUUUGGCCUCCUGCCCUGCUCCCAAGCCCCGCGAUGGUGGACCCAUCGCCCUCCGCGUUCGCCUCAACAAGGACGAAGAGGUUCUCAAGCCCGAGGGCGAAGAGGCGCUCAGAACCUCGCUCAAGGAGAAGCUUCGUGGUCCCCUCAUCAAGCUCGGUAUGCACGAGCAGUGUGCCCCUUUCAAGGUUGGACAGAUCAUUGUCGGCCAGAACUGCUUGGUCGUCGAAGUCAUCAUCCCUCACCACCCGGAGAACAAGGUCGAGGACAUUCUCAGCGACGAAAAGAUCGAAGAAGUAGCGUCCCUCAACAUGUUCGAGGGCGGCAUCCGCGCUGGAGAAUGCCAGAACAGAACCUGCCUCGAGACUAGAAUAGCCAUGGCUGACUACGAGGAGAGCAACAGAGAGCUCAUCAAGUGCGGUCAGAAGGUCGACGCUGAGAUGAGGGAGUACAUCGAGGCGCAGUUCAAGUUCGACACCCUCCACCAGCAGAUGUACAGCGCCGAGGUCCUGGCCGAUCAGAUCGAGAGAGACCUCAAGACCUUCGAGGCCAACCCUCAGCUCGUUCAGCAGAUCACUGCUCGCCAGACCGAGAACGACAAGGUCCUCCAGGAUUGCCGCGAGAACUACGAUACUACCAAGGCUGCCCUCGCUGCCGCCGACGAGAAGUUCCUUGAGAACAAGCUCAUCCUCGCCAGGGCUCAGUGUAUCACCCAGCAUCGUGCCCAGAAGAUGGAGCAGCUCAGACUCAUCUCUUCUCCUACCUGCCCCUGCAUGAUCCCCCAGGCCUUCGUCUGCCAGAAGAACUGCGGAUACUCUGGAAUUUAUGAGGAUGUUGCUGAGCACGAAACCUCUUGCAAGGGCAUCGAAUACACCUGCUCGUUGUGA